AUGCAAGUGAAGAAUACAACUUCCAUUACAGAAUUCCAUCUGUUAGGUUUUUCGUUGUUAACCGAAGUAGGAUUGUGCCUAUUUAUCAUGGUAUCCAUUGUUUACAUUGUGACCAUCGCAGCUAAUAUCUUCAUCAUCUUUGUCAUUUUUACUGAACAACGUCUUCACAAGCCCAUGUACUUCUUUAUUGGUGGACUUUCAUUUAUAGAGAUCUGGUACCCUACAGUCACCGCUCCCACACUGCUUUGGGCCUUACUAAUGAGGAAACAAAACAUUUCUCUUGCCGGUUGCAUGUCUCAGUUCUAUUUCCACUUUUCCUUAGGUACGACAGAGAGUUUCCUCCUGACCGUAAUGUCCUAUGAUCGAUAUGUAGCCAUCUGUAAUCCUUUACACUAUUUUGUCAUCAUGAGUCCAGGGAAUUGUAAGAAGCUUCUUAUUAGUUGCUGGGCUGGAGGUUUUAUGGUUAUCGUUGUUCUUUGUUUACAGGUUGCAAAUCUUUCAUAUUGUUAUGGGAAUGAGCUUGACCACUAUUACUGUGACUUUGCAGCACUGAUCAAAUUAUCGUGCAGUAAAACCUCUAGCGUAGAAAUGUUAUUUUUCAUAUCUGCUUGUUUUGUAAUAUUGGGCUGUUUUCUGCUAAUUGUUAUGUCCUACAUUCAGAUUAUACGUACAACAAUGUCAUUUACUACUUCAAAUGGCAGACGUAGGACCUUUUCAACAUGUGCAGCUCAUCUAAUUGUGGUUUGUCUGUUUUAUGUCACCAAUAUUUUCAUGUUUGUACGACCUACCGCUGAUGAUACUUUUCACUUGAACAAAUCCGUUUCUAUCAUCCCCUCUGUAGUGACCCCUCUGCUAAAUCCCAUAAUUUACACCUUGCGAAACCAAGAAGUAAAAGAAGCCGUGAAGAAAGCAAUUCAAAAACUGCAUUUUUAA